AAAACAAAAUUGAAUGGACUACAAAGCUGCAAAUCUUUCUAAGAAAUCUAAUCUAAUCAUAUGUCAUUCAAAAAUGCAUCAAAAGCGCCAAGUAUCCGUGAGUUUCCCCGUUUGAUUUCAAAAUUGGAAAACUACCAAAGGGUUACCGCCUUUCCUCUACGGCAAUACAGAAAGGGGAGUUCUACUUAGGAAGGUGUAUAAUCCCUCGAGAUUUUCGGAUUUGAAAAAGGUGCUGCAUUUGACCUUUGACUUUUCGUAACUACCGUAUUUCUCGUUUCCCCCAAAACAAAAUUAUACGGUUAUGCUUGCCUCAGAAACCCCUAUCGAACUCGUUUUUUUUUGUAAUUUAUCCAUAGUUCGGUUUCUUAACUUGUUCCCAUAGUCUACAAUCUCCAACUUCUAGUAAUUCGCAUUUUCCUUUCUUUUCAGUGUACCAUGGAACAAGAAGACACCUGCCGACCUGUUCCCGCCCCGCGUCGUCUCUAUCCUGAGCUGCGAAAGCUUGACUACGAAAAUGUGACUGUUGAAUUGAUAAAUAAAAAUCUCAACAUAAACUCAGAAAACUUACACACAGUAACUAAUUGCACCGAAAAAGUACCGAAUAAUAAAAUAUUUUUUGGUUCCCAUUCUGAUUUGGACGACACAGCCAGCACACGCAAAUCCAUUCUCACCGAAACAAAUGAUCUAUAUGGGCCCAACGCUAACGAAACGGUUGCCACUCCAGGACCCAUAUAUUCUACGCCAACUCCCGCGCCACGCCCACGCAAGCCACAAAAUACUGAUGUAGAAAAUGACAAUAACAUCUAUGAGAAUACCGAAGUGCUCCACGCAUCGCCACAAACAACUCCAACCCUUUAUCCAGAGCUGCCAAACAGCACACGCGCCAUCAGCAAGGAAAACUCACCCAACACAUCCACUUCGUCAUCACCAUCCGGCAGUCGUGCCGCACUGCGCAAAGCGCCCCUACUACCUCCCAAGACAUACCUGAGUGCGGAGCGUGAACGCAGCAACCGUGCGCAACGAUAUUCCAUUGGCAGUGAAGUGUCCACCACGAGCAGCUACAAUGUAACCAUUGGAGGUGGUGGUGCUCAUGCAGGUGUCGGCGGAUUGGAUGACUGCGCUUUUGGCAUUGGCUACACACAAAAAUCAGCCUCCAACGCAACACUCAAUUCAUCUGUGGAUGAGUCGAAUGACAGCGGCGAUAAUUCGAAAUUCAAAUCACCUUCACCCGGGUAUGUAAGAAGCAACGCGGGUGGCAAUCCGAAUUUGAACAGCUAUGCGCUGAACGAUGGUAGUGAUAUUAGUGUACGCGAUGAUGAGGAUGAUGAUGUUGAUAUUCAAUUUGAGAGUGAUGAUAGUAGCCGCAACAACAACAACAACAACAGCAAUAAGUUCACUUGCAUUUCCGCCAACAGUAAAAUGAAUGAAAAAUGCGCAUUCAUUGCAUUAACCGCCAAUGUCCCUACAUCUGCUAUUGCGUGCAACCAAACUAAAGACAAGUAAUGCUUAUCACUAUGUGAAUGAAUAUACGAUUUGUAGUUGAAUUUGAAUUUCUCACUAAUCAGUUAGUAGCAUUCUUGCAUGUAAAUGGCGCUAACAAAUUGUAUGGGUGUUUGUGUCUAAUCAAGUAAAUAAUAGGUUAUGAAUUUGGUAAUAAUGCACUUUAGUAAGAUUUGUUUGGUUUUUGUGCACAAUAACACUUAAAAAAUAUAUAAAUCUUAAUUUAGCUGUGCUUCUAUAGAAAAUUGUAAAGUUUGCAAUGUUACCAGUGCAAUUUCAAGUUUAUAACUCCAAGAAUUUUCAGCUUUAUAACAUAAGAUGCUGAAACCAAAGAAAGUCAGCGUAAGCGCAAGUAAAUGACUUAGUCGAUCUUGAAUUUGGCUCCUCAUAUCUGACAUUAGCCAUUGUUAGCUCCUACCAAGAAGCCAUCAAGCUCAACACAGACAGACUACAUCGUUUACUAUACUUAGGACAACAACACGUAGUUCUCAGAUAAAAUAACCGGUGAAGUACUAUAAAUUUCUGUACAGGUAUAUAGAACCUUACAGGCAGCGCAAGAAUUCGGAGAGUCCUUGUAAGAAUGCGGACUGAAGAUUUGGGGCUCCUGAAAAGGCCCGAAAGAUUUUUCACGAACUGCUGCAUGGAAUCCUCUAACUUACUUGUUGCAUGCCACUGAGCACAGAGGAUUGAUAAGGUCCCUCCCGCUACAACGGUAGGAAACGACGGUCCGCACAUACACAAAAGGAUAAACCAGCAGGCUAACCAAAGUCCCACUAACCCAUCAGUUAUAUUUACUUUCUGCUAAAAACCACGGAAACAAUUUUAGACAGGCAUAUCGGGGAUAGUUCCCUUACCGGAAACACUUUGCUUCAAACCUAUCAUACAGGAAAAUCUAAAAACUAUGAUCUUCGCAGUCUUACAAGUAAAAUUUCUAAGUCCACGGGGAAGAAAGAGGUGGUGGCAGGAUGUUUCUUCGAAGUUGAAGGCGCUUUCGAAAACACGGCAGGGGGUUGAUGUAGCCAAAUGUCGCAGGAUAGCAAACGUCCUUACAUCCAAAAUCAUUUAAUCCAUUCUAGGACUGGAAAAAGUCAGAUUCUUAGCUACGAAAGAGUGGCCCGCACGGGGUAGUGAGCCCCUCUGCUAUGGCUCAUCAUAGUAGGCGAACUACUCUGCCUUCCUAGUGAAAAACGCUUCGAUGCACAGGAUUACACGGACAACAUUCUCAUCAUAAUCAGACGGAGGUUUAUACUAUCUUCAAACGCUUCUUCAACCGCAAAUGUUCGUUUCCCAUAACCCAAGUCAUUUUGCCAUGCUCUGGGUACAGCAAGUCUUCUGCCCCUUUGUUUAAUUGGAUAAUGUAGCUCUUUUGCUUCUCCGUCGGCUUAGAUACCUGAAGUACAUUCUAGUCCAGUGUUAGUAAAUAUAUUCGUGUUUUGUGCCUACAAAAAGUGCAGGGCGUCCUCCAACUUCACCACAAACGGGAUUCGUAGCUCUACCUUUCGGUAGUCAUCUGUAAGUAAGGCUCACUAAGAUCUCGCAACGCGACAGUCAGGUGCUGCUUGGCUACCUAGUUUAGUCUUACGGGACCUGGGAUCCCAUUUUUAUACUCGGCUUUCUCAGCUUUCCCGCUGCUCUUUGUCAUUGCCACAUUUGAAGUCGACUGCCCAUCGACGUCGCUUUUGUGUUGCCUUGCGGCCUUCUGUAGCGGUUUGUCGCUGUAUGAUUUUCCGCCGUUUAAUAGCCGGCCUCUCAUUUUCCGCAUGCUCUCACAAUCUGUCGGAUCAACGACGGCUCCCAGGCGCUGGAUUAUGCCCAGUGCCGCUUUGUAUUGCAAUAUGGCUGUCCCUCACUCUCUAUUUCGCACCUGUUUGCUCUCUGCCGUCUUCGCG